UGGAGAGGAGAUGGAGAGGAGAUGGAGAGGAGAUGGAGAGGAGAUGGAGAGGAGAUGGAGAGGAGAUGGAGAGGAGAUGGAGAGGAGAUGGAGAGAGGGGGAGAGGAGAGGAGAAGGGGGAGAGGAAGAGAACAAGGAGGAGGAAAAGGCUGCUCCUCAUCAAUAGCAUAGCAAACGGCUUAUACCCAUACCCCUUCCCCUUUUUCCAAAUCCACACACCACAGACAUACAUAGUAAGAAACUCAAAGAAAAUGAACACCCUACCUGCCACCCCAACCACCCUCCCCCUCCAACGAACCCGGCCAGAAUCAGGAGCGGAAUCAAGUCCCCCACGACGCCCAUUUCUCUCUCUCUCUCUCUGUCUCUCUCUCUUUCUCUCGCUGGUUUUUUGCUGCUCCCGUUCGCGCGCUGAUGGUGCUCGAAACGAAUGAUUGAAUGACUGUGAUCUCCGUGCUGCGUACUCCGUACUCGGAAACAAUAGAAGAAGUGGAGAGAAAAGUAAAGAGGAUGAGAG